UUUUGGGUGAAAAAAACUACGGACCCAAACCACGAUGAAAUUACAAUCUGUGUUUGGACUCUUCCAAUUGGCUACGGCCCUCUCUAUUUCUGACGUCUGGGAUGCAAAGCUCGGUAUGCUCUCAGGCCAAACGGUGUUAUCCAGCGGGUUUGCCUUCGAUACCGACAUAAAGUUGCUCAAAUUGCACAAGGAUAUGGUGGAAAUCAACUCCAUUGCGCCAUAUGAAGAAGAGGUUGGUGCCUACUUAAAGAAGUAUCUCAAGGCAAAGGGGUUGACUGUGGAGACACAGGUGGUGUCCCAGUUGCCAUACAGAGCCAACAUCUACGCUUACUUGGGCAGCCAAAGGGAUAACCGAAUCUGUAUCACCUCCCACAUGGAUACGGUUCCCCCAUAUCUCCCAUAUUAUGUUGAAGACAACAAGAUCUACGGCCGUGGGACGUGUGAUGCCAAGGGCUCGGUUGCUUCCCAGAUCGUGGCCUACUUGGACUUGGUCAAGGACGGUACCUUCCAAGAAGGGGACGCUUCUUUGUUGUUUGUAGUGGGUGAGGAGGUUGAUGGUUCGGGGAUGGUUACUGUUUCGAGGGCAUUGAACACCACUUGGGAGUCUGUCAUUUUUGGUGAGCCAACGGAGUUGAAGUUGGGGGUAGGCCACAAGGGCAACUACUACUUCUCCUUGCACUCCCAAGGCAAGGCAUCCCACUCUGGCUACCCUGAGUUAGGGGUCAAUGCCAACACCCAGUUGAUUAGAGUGUUGAAUAGGUUGUUAGACUUGGACUUGCCGAAACACGAUCUAUUAGGUCCUUCAACCAUCAAUGUGGGUGUGAUAAACGGUGGUAUUGCUGCGAACGUCAUUCCUGCGGAGGCGUCGGCAAGGGUUUUUAUUAGAGUCGCUGACGGGUUGGAAGAAAUUGCAGAAAUGGUGCAGAAGGCGAUUUCCUCCGAGCCAAACAUCGAGAUGAAGUUGAUACAGAGAGUUGACCAGCAAUUCCUUGAUUACGAGGUUCCUGGUUUCGAGUCUAUUGUGUUGGCAUACGCCACGGAUAUUCCAUACUUGAAGGGUUCAUUCAAGAGGUACCUCUACGGGCCAGGUACCAUUCAUGUUGCACACGCGGCUAACGAGUUUGUGACCAUCGAGGAUUUGUUAGAAGCGGUGGCUGGCUACAAAAAGUUGGCCAAGUUUACCCUUGGGAAGUAGAUUUAGAAUAUUUUAUUCAAAUACGAUAUAUAUAUAUAGUAAUACGAUUUAUCUCAAUUUUAUGUUGGGUU